CUCGCAUCCCACAAUCAUCUUGCAAUGAAUAACAAUCACCAAAACAGAAAUCCCUUUAAUCAUCCUCCAAAUAAUAGCAAAUACAAAAACAUUUCAAUUUCAAAAAUAUUGCAAAACUCAAGCGACAUUCCUUCCUCUCUAAAAAGAAUUCCCAAUAAACUAUACAAUAACCACUUGAAUAACUUCAAUAACAAUUUCAAUAACAAUUUCGAUAACAAUCCCAAUAAUAAUCCCAAUAGAUUAAUCGGCUCUUUACCAAUAAGAACCUCAAAGACUUCUCAGAAAUUAGUGCUUAUUCCUGAUGUCAAACACACAAAUUUAAACUUGAAUCCCAGUUUUAAUCACCAAAUUCCUCCUUCAAAUGUCUCAAGCAAAAAAAUCCCUAAAAAGACUAAAGCUGAAAAGAUGCCAAAGGAAAUUAGAUCCCAAAAUUUCCCAAGAUUAACUGCAUAUUACAUCUCAGAAGAAAUCGACUUAAACUUAUCAAUAUCCUUUCUCAAGACUUAUCACAAAGUAUCCCCAAGACUAUAUGAUGAAGUAUUAUAUGUCCCUUAUUGUUUGCCUUUAUUGCCUGGCAUCGACAAUUAUCGAAUAAGAUCAAAUAUUUCAAUGAAAGUUCUAUUAAACAAUAAAUCUCUAAUAGAAAACCUAAUUGAUAGAUCCGAAAAAAGAGAUCAUCAUUACGAAUAUUAUUCCGGCGAUAACAAUAUUGAUACUAAAAAAACCAAUGUUGAUGAUGACGAUUUUGACCCCUCUGAACCUCAAUCUUUUUUAGAUUCAAAAUACUUUACAUCUGAUAGUGAUGGAGAUGAGUAUAAUGACAGUGAUGAUGAUGAUGACGAUGAAGAAGAUGACGAUGAUGAAGGAAAUGACAACGAAAAUGACAGUGAUAAUUCAAAUUUAAUUUAUUAUAAAAAUAAAACUCUCGAUCUCAGUUUAUUACCAAAGGAAAAUCAUGCUGAAGUCUUUAUCUUUAAUUAUGGAGUCGUUGUAUUUUGGAAUUUUACACAAAAUCAAGAAAAAGAAAUCUUAGCAGAUCUAGUCUUUGCCAAAAUGGGUUUCAAUAAUGAUUUAAGUUUAUUAAUUAAUUCAAUUGAUGGAAAUGAAUAUGAAACUGAAAACUUUCAUUUUGAAUAUAAGAAAAAUUGCAAAAUCCCAAGAAUCUAUAACGAUAUGAUUACUCUAAGUUCAAAUGACCAUUUCAUCAAAUUAACAUUAUCUCAUGCAAUAGCCCAAUCAACCAAAUUAUGUUCAUUUGAAAAUAAAUUAAAUAAUAUACUAUAUUACCUACACAGAUUACCAAAAAGAUUAUCAUUAACAGGGAAAUUAGGUUUAAACAGAAAACAACUAUCGAAGAAAAGUGGUAAAUUUUUUAAAUUAAGAGUUGAGGUUAAUUUAUCAUCUAGUAUUUUAGAUACUCCUGAAUUUUUUUGGUCAUUCGAACCAAGUUUACAUCCAUUAUAUCAAGCUGGAAGGGAGUAUCUCGAAAUCGAUGAAAGAGUUGAAGUCAUUAAUAAUAAAUGUAAAUUAUUUCUUGAAUUUGCAGAUGUUAUCGCUGAUAGCAUAGCAGAGAGAAAUAUGUCAAAGAUCACUUGGAUCAUUAUUAUAAUUAUUUUCAUAAGUUUAUUUGUGUCAUGCCUUGAAAUUCUUGUUCGUUAUUAUAUUAUACUAAAGGACAAAUAA